GCCUCGCCAGGUCGUGAUCCUGGUCCGGGUGACGUGACUGACUGUGUGGGGCAGUGGGACCUUUUGUUCUUCAUCAUCAUCCUCAUCAUCAUUGCGUAGCACCAUGACGGAGUUUUGGAAGGAACACUCCAAGGAGGCCACAGUGCAGGAGAUGAUGCUGGACUCAUGUGCCAUUGAGCUGACUCAGCAGGAACUGCCCGAGAUUCUGUCUAUGCUGCCCACUCUGGCUGGAUGUCAAGUGCUGGAACUAGGGGCCGGCAUUGGUCGAUACACCAGCCAUCUGCUGAAACAGGCGGACCACGUGACCGCCGUGGAUUUCAUGGGGAGCUUCGUGGAGAAGAACAGGCAGAGCAACGGGCACCACAAAAACGUUACCUUCAUCCAAGCUGAUGUCACAAAGCUGGAAUUCCCUCCAAACAGUGUGGACUUUAUCUUCUCUAACUGGCUGCUGAUGUACUUCAGUGAUGACGAGCUGCAGUUGUUGUUAAAGAAAAUGCUGAGGUGGUUGCGGCCCACUGGCUCGCUCUUCUUCAGAGAAUCAUGUAACCACCGUUCAGGUGACUGUAAAAGGGAGUUCAACCCCACAUGUUACCGCACUGAGGCCCAGUACAAUCACCUGACCGCAUCAGUCCAAGUGGAGGAUGAACAAUCGGGUAGGAGGUUUGGUUUUGACAUCGUGCUCAAGAAGAGGGUCAAAACGUACAUUGAGUUGAAGAACAACCCAAAUCAGAUGUGCUGGUUGUUGGAAAAGGUUGCACGUUCAUCAGACGCAAAGGAGACGUUCAGCACCUUCCAGAUGUUCCUGGACAACAAGCAGUACACCAGGCGUGGCAUCCUGCGCUAUGAGAAGAUGUUCGGGUCGGGUUAUGUCAGCACAGGCGGGCCCAGCACCACCAAGGAAUUUGUUGAUCUGCUAAACUUGCAACCUGGCCAGAAGGUUCUGGAUGUUGGCUGUGGUAUCGGUGGAGGUGACUUCUACAUGGCAAAGGCAUUCGGAGUGGAGGUGCUUGGCUUGGACCUCUCAGAGAACAUGGUGGACAUUGCUAUAGAGAGGGCACUCGCUGAGAGGCUGCCAUUGGUCGAAUUUGAAGUUGCCGAUGCCACAAAGAGAACGUUUCCAGAGGGUUCGUUUGACGUCAUCUACAGCAGAGACACAAUCCUCCACAUUGCAGACAAGCUCGCUCUCUUCAAACGUUUCCAUUCAUGGUUAAAGCCUGGGGGCCAGCUACUUAUCAGUGACUACUGUUGCGGGGAGAAGCCAUGGACCCCCCAAUUUGAGGCUUAUGUCACGCAGCGGGGCUACAUCCUCUAUACACCACCACAGUAUGGAAAGUUCAUUCAGAAUGCCGGCUUCUGUAACGUUCAGGCAAAGGAUCGAACAGCCCAGUUCAUCCAGGUCAUACAGGAAGAGCUGCAGAGAGCAGAAGAAAUCAAGAGUGAAUUUAUCGAGGAAUUCUCUGAGGAGGACUACAGUGCUACAGUGAACGGCUGGAGGGAAAAAUUGGAGCGUUCUAACAGCGGAGACCAGCGAUGGGGCCUCUUUCAUGCAAGAAGGAACUGAGUUUAAUUAAAUUGAAUAAUAACUGAAUAAACAAGC